AUGGACAGAGGGAGACGCAUUCUCGCCUGCGUCGCCGCCAUUGCAGUGAUCUCCUUCGUCCCUGUCGCCUCUGGAGAGGUCUUCUUCGAGGAGCGCUUCGAUGGUAAUCCUUGAGUCCUCGGGCUGCUCGCUCCACUCUCACGAAGCAGAUCCUUCACGGCAUCGUCUCUAGUGAUGAGUCGACUAGCUUACGGAGUCGUCGCAUCGAAACUUUCGAUUUCCCUUCAUCGUCCGGUCUUGAUCAACAAGUAUUUUUCUGCUUUGAAGGAUCAGUUUUCGCCGUCUCUGAAGAUGGACCCGUUUUUUCUGUACCACGGAGCGAUAAGCCGUGUCUCAUCCAUUUUUUUUUUUUCUUGCUUAUUCCUAUGAUUAAUGUAGUGGUGAACUUCCCAAUGAUUUUCCUCAUUAGUCCAAUUUUGGGCAUAAUUCGGUCAUAAUUGUUUUCUUUUGGUGCAAGAAUACGAUAUUGGGAGACCACACGUUUUCGAGUAAUCUUCCUAAAAUAAGUAAAUUAUUCUUUUUCUUCAAUGAAAGUUCCCUACGAAGACUUUCCUCCAUGGAGGAUUGUCAAAUCCUUUUGUUCGGAUCACUUCCUGAUACAACAUCGGUGACCACUGAACUGUAAUGUUUUCGUCAAAUGUUUUCAGAUGGAUGGGAAGAACGAUGGGUGAAAUCUGACUGGAAGAAAGAGGAAAACAUGGCCGGAGAUUGGAUUCACACGGCUGGAAACUGGAGCGGUAAUCCCAACGACAAAGGUACGUCAUUGUUGUUUUAUAGUUUUUGCAAGUUAUAUAUUGGUAUCAUCUCCCCAGAUAGAUUGUACUGCGUGGGAUUGUGUUGAAUGAAACCAUUUCCACAUGCCUGGUAGUAGUAACCAGGACAUUUUAUAAUAAUACAAAUGAUGAUAAUGAUAAUCAUACCCAUGAUGAUAAUCAUAAUGACAAUAGAAAUAAUUUCUUACGACAAGGAUAUUAAACUAUUUACGUUUCUCAUGAUCACAAAUAUGUUGAUAUCCAUUUUAAGUUAGCUGUCUUCUUUGACUUGUGGGUGUCCUAGGUUGUUGGACUGAUGAGAAUGAGUUGUAAACAUGAUUUCCCAUUGAGGCUAUGAUUAAAAGAAUGCCUCCUAAAUUAUAAGUUUUCCUUUUUUAGGGUUUUCCUAAGUUGAUGCUGGUUCUUGCUGCUGAAGAAUUCGUUUAUUUUUUUAAACCCAGUUUACAUCUAAUGAAUAAUAUUUCCUAAGUCCCGUAUUUAGUUAAAUUCCCCCCGCUUGUGAUCAGGCAUCCAAACUACUCCGGACUACAGAUUUUUUGCCAUUUCUGCUCAGUUCCCGGAAUUCAGCAACAAGAACAAGACAUUGGUAAUUCAGUAUUCGGUGAAGCACGAGCAAUAUCUUGACUGUGGCGGUGGGUACAUUAAGUUGCUUAGCGGUGAUAUCGAUCAGAAGACAUUCGGAGGAGAAACUAAGUAUAGGUAACUGAUGAUCAUAGUUUUUUAACUGGAUGUACUGCAGAGUAAAUGACCACUGUAUUUAUUAAUCUCUCAUUUCAUUAUCUUUAAUCAUCUAUAACCAAUUUCCUUGAUGCAGUAUUAUGUUUGGACCGGAUAUCUGUGGCACAAACAUGAAGACAGUCCAUGCUAUACUCAACCGUAGAAAAAGGAAUUACCGGAUCAGGAAGGAUGUCACCUGUGAAACAGACCAGCUGACCCACAUCUACUCAUUCAUCAUCCGCCCUGACAACACGUACAGCAUACUGAUUGAUAACAAGCAGACGGAAUCGGGAAGCCUCGAAACCGACUGGUUGAUUCUCCCUCCCAGAAAGAUCAAGGAUCCCAACGCCAAAAAGGUUGCAGCCUGAGGCGCCUCGACCUCGCUCCUGCUCUCUAACUCUUCUUCCGUUGAAUUCCUCCGUAUAACAAGUAUGGUCUUGAUGCGACAGCCCGAGGAUUGGGAUGACCGGGAGUACAUUCCAGAUCCUGAGGACGAGAAGCCCGAGGUGAUGACUGGAUUCUUCUCUCUGUUUCAUCAAUUUGCAGCAACCUUUGACCUCGGGCCACCCUCUUAUUGAAUAGUGUUGACUUUUAUCAGGGCUAUGAUGAUAUUCCGGAGGAAAUUCCAGACCCUGAUGCCACGAAGGUCAAAAAAAGGAAACCAAUAUCGUCCUACUGCUCACUAGUUCCUAGUUCUUCAUUGCCCAACUCAUGGUUACUAAUCUCACUUGUGCUACGGCUACGCGCUUACAGCCAGAAGACUGGAUUGAUGAGGAAGACGGUAAAUGGACGGCACCGACAAUUCCAAAUCCAGACUACAGGGGUCCGUGGAAACCGAGGGUAAGCAACUUUGGAAGAUGAUCUCCGUGCGAUCAUAAAGAACAGUUCGAGUCUGACAGCGGUCUUCUCCGAUCUGCAGAGAAUUAGGAACCGAGAUUACAAGGGCAAGUGGAGCGCACCCGUUAUAGACAACCCAGGUUCAAUCUCUGGUUCCUUCAGAAUGCUCAGAUAUCAUUCAUCCAUCACUUUGCACAGAUUUCAUUCAAUCUAUGGCUCGUUCAAAAUACUCAAUACUUGACUGGGCCACCAUCCUACAGAGUUCAAAGAGGACCCGAAUCUCUAUGUCUUCCCCAAUCUCAAGUACGUGGGAUUUGAGCUGUGGCAGGUAAUCAUCUGUAUGACUUUUAUUCCAUCAAGGGAUAGAAAAUCAGAUAAAUUGGGGAAAAAAAUAAUAAUGUUUUUAUCCAUUUCAGGUAAAAUCUGGCAGCAUAUUCGACAACAUUCUGAUAUGCGACGAUCCUGAGUACGCCCUGAAGGUAGCAGAAGAAACGUGGGGAAAGUACAAAGAUGUAUGUUGCAUGGCUCUGUGA